GACGGCGUGUCGUCCGCGUGUGCGCGCGAUAUCUCUUCCAACUUCCAAAGGCGCACGCCGCGCCACGGCGAGCCACUCGCUCCGCCCACCACCACCACCCGCCGCCGCCGCCGCAAGGCUCGCCGGCGAUCAUGCUCUCCCUCCUCCUCCCGCCCGCGCGGCCGCGCGCCGCCGUCUCCCCCGACGUCACCGCCUCGGCGCCGCGCCGCCCGGCCGUCAUCCUCCCAGGGCUCGGGAACAACACGGCGGACUACGCGCGGCUCGCGGCGGCGCUGCGGGACGACCACGGGGUGCCGGCCGUCGCCGUCGCGCGGGUGUCGAGGCCCGACUGGCUCCGCAACGCCGCCGGCCUCGUCGACCCCAGCUACUGGCGAUGCAACCUCCGCCCGCGCCCCGUGCUUGACUGGUACCUGAAAAGAGUCGAUGAAGCUGUAUCUGAGGCGAGAGAACUAUCUCCUAAUGAAGGCAUAUCAUUGAUAGGGCAUUCAGCUGGGGGCUGGCUGGCGCGUGUGUACAUGGAAGAAUUUGAUGCUUCAGACAUAAGUUUACUGCUCACACUUGGCACUCCUCACUUACCACCUCCAAAAGGUACUCCUGGGGUAAUUGACCAAACUAGAGGACUACUGACCUAUGUUGAGAAGAAUUGUGCCCCAGCAGUUUACACUCCAGAACUAAAAUAUGUGUGCAUUGCUGGAAGGUACAUUCAAGGUGCUCCUUUAACUGGGAACACCAUCGCUACUACAGAUGAUAUUCUCGCUGUGGAUACUCCAUCAGAUAUAGCUGAAGCAGUCAUGGUCAGUACCAACGACAAAUCUACUCAAUCAGGCCCAACCUUGAGAGCCCGCUUCAUUGGACAAGGCUACAAGCAGGUCUGUGGCCGUGCUGAUGUGUGGGGAGACGGCGUCGUUCCCGAGGUGUCGGCGCAUCUAGAAGGCGCACUGAACAUAAGCUUCGACGGCGUGUACCACUCUCCUGUAGGUUCUGACGAUGAGCAGAGGCCGUGGUAUGGUUCACCGGCAAUCCUCAAGCAGUGGGUACAUCAUCUCCUCAGUUGAACGGUUGAUGGCUUUGAUGCAGAGAAGCUGACGAUCUGAAAGUUUGUAGACAGAAAUGUAUUGCAUGCCGCCAGGUGAGGGUUAGGCCAGGGGAAAACUACACAUUUUUCAGUGAAUUAGAGGGUAGCCAAUGCCAUUCUAUACACAACAGUACAACACACAUGCGAUUUUUCUUCUCCCAAAGAAUUUGUAACAGUAUAAAUAUUGCUCAAUGUGCAGAGGUAAUUCAUCACAUACAUGAUUGCAGGUUGUAAUAGCUACACAUACAGUAUGAUCUAUAACAAACUUCAUUCCAAAGAGGAAUACCAACUCAGAUCAUUGAGAAUGAAUA